CUGUAGGUUAACUGUGCAGCUGCAGAGUCCGAGGGGUCCGUGAACGCCUCAGGUGACUGACACUCCUGCAGUCUAAUCCAGAGAGUGAGGAUGCACAGCAGCGGUCAUAUGUGUCGAAUCAACAUCGGCUAACUACUUUAUUCAGCUGUGAUUGACAAAACGCUGCUAACACUUUGUUCAUCCAGUCCUCGGAGACCGUGUUUAAAACCUGAAACCGUCGGGUUGAUCGGUGUAAAUCCAAUCCGGACCGGGACUCCGCAGACGUUACGUUGGGACAAUGGAAUCUAACGUGAUCCCGGACAGUAUCCGCCCUCAGCGGCUGCAGCCAGGCAUUGGAUUCGGCUCGGGGACCCUCCGCUCCUCUCUCCGGCCCGGGGUUACGGUCCCCAUCGCGCCCCUGCUGCCCUCCCCGGCCUCUCUUGCCGCCUCGUCCGGGCCUCCUCCUCCGCCGCCUCCGCUGCAGCUCCACAGCCUGUACGGCGGCAUCGGAGCGGGGCUGGGGCCGGGGGCUGCCGGCCACUGCAACCCCGGGAACCCGGCGGUGCUGAAGGAGGCUGUGGAGGCUGUGGUCCGCAGCUUCGCCAAACACACGCAAGGUUACGGCAGAGUGAACGUGGUGGAAGCUUUACAGGAGUUUUGGCAGAUGAAGCUGACCAGAGGGGCCGACCUGCGGAACGGAGCGCUAGUUGUUUAUGAAAUGGUCCCGUCUAACAGCCCUCCAUACGUCUGCUACGUCAGUCUGCCCGGAGGCAGCUGCUUUGGAAGUUUCCAGUUCUGUCCCACCAAAGCAGAGGCACGACGCAGCGCUGCCAAGAUCGCCCUGAUGAACUCUGUUUUCAACGAGCAUCCCUCUCGACGCAUCACAGACGACUUCAUCGAGAAGAGCGUCAGCGAGGCGCUGGCGUCCUUCAAUGGUAACAGAGAAGAGGCGGACAAUCCCAACACGGGAAUUGGAGCAUUUCGCUUCAUGCUCGAGUCCAACAAAGGAAAAUCCAUGCUGGAGUUUCAGGAGCUGAUGACUGUGUUCCAGCUGCUGCACUGGAACGGGAGUCUCAAAGCCAUGAGAGAACGACAGUGUUCCCGACAGGAAGUGCUGGCUCACUAUUCCCACCGGGCUCUGGAUGAUGACAUGCGCACUCAGAUGGCCGCCGACUGGGUGAACCGGGAACAGAGUGUAGCGAGCACUAUCGCGCAGGAGGUGGCGUCGACGGAGCGAGAACUGGAGGACGCCAGGCUGGCGGGCAGAGAACUGCGUUUUUACAAAGAGAAGAAAGACAUCCUGAUGCUAGCGGUGGGCCAACUCAAUGCUGCCAACACCGCCACGCUGCCCUCACACUAAACCUGCCGUCCACCGUGGAAACACACACACGUCAUAGGAUCCCUGGUAACAGUAUUGAUCUCGUCAUAGAUAUAACGGUGCUUCUUCGUCUGAACUUUUAGGUUUUGUAUCUUGUGUUUUGUUAUGAGGACCAGGUAAUUAGGCCUUGACUUACAGUAUGCACAUCCGUCCAUAAAAACUACACUUAACCGCUAUAGCCGUUACCUCCUUGUGCCUAGUGACUACAGGCUAACAGUGCUUUUUAAAAAAAUAACCUGUAAACUUGCUUGGCAUUCCAACUGACUGUUUUAUCAUCAUUUCAUACUGUUCUUACUCAAAACCGACCUACAGAAACACAGCUUGCCUUUCAUCAGAGAAUGUACGGGACAUAAAUUACUAUGACCCUUCAGACCAAACACAUUUGAUCAAGGUAAAGAUCGUUCUGAAGUUUUCUUUUAUGUUUUGGGUGUGUUUAUUUCAAUAUAGUGUUAUGGAGUCCGACAAGUGAAGGUGGUAAGAUGUAAGAACCUUGAUUGCAAGUACCCUGUGUCCAUUAAAGAGAUAGUUUUGAUUUUUUUAUGGGCUGUUUGAGGUACGUAUCCAUAGUCAGUGUAUUAUCUACAGUAGAUGGUGGUCAGCACACCCAGAGUUUUGAGAAGCAGGCAGGAAUACUGGCACAGAAACUAGUAUCAGUUUUAGAGUACUCUAUAUUAAGAGUAUUUUCACCACUUUAACUACUUGCCAGAUGUCCUUUCUGAUGGUACUUGUGGACGUUACCUCCUUAAAGACACUAUUCAUUUUUACUCGCAGAACACCGGUUUGUCCUGUUUUUAUCAUCAUUUUUAAAUCUAUAAUAUGUAUUGUAGAUUACGUUAUGGCCAUGCCUAAUAUCUUACUAAUACAUUUCUCUUGUGUCUUUCACACAAUAAUCCCACUAGAAGUGUAAAAAAUAGGCUAUGUCAAAUUUUACCAAGGGAAAUACCCUGAGGGGGUCCCUAGUGUAUUCUGUAUAUAGUAAAGGGCCCUUGGCUGAUUUUUUUCUUUUUGAGACUAUCUGGUUUCAAACACCAAAGUCACACAAUAACAUCAACAAACUAACCGAUUGAGGCAGCAGUAGACCAGAAACUGCAAUUGUGUUCUGCAAGGUAAAAUUACAGUUUUUUUCAAUGGAGUCUGGUGGCUUUAAAGAGAACAUAGAACGGCUUCAGUAACCUGUUUAAAAGGCUGUCUGAUGGCGAGGUAAAGUGGAGAAAAUAUCUUAAAUAUAUUGUACAAAUGAACUUAUAUUGACUAUUACAUAUUUUAUGUGUCUAAAAUGUGUUAAGCUGCUGUGCCGUCCACAGGAGUACAUUGCUUAGACCCUGUGUCAUUACACUUGCCUGAGAACCUCAUACACCCCCACUUCAAUUAAUCCAAACUAUCAUUUUAAUAAUGAAAAUAUUUCUACACUAUCACCACAAAAACAGCAGUGAGAUAAAAGAUUCUACCUAAUAGCCCUUACAUAACGGGUAAACAACCUUUGUCUGCCUGUUGUAAUGAGAAUAUAAUGUCAAUUUGUCAGAAUUGAAGUUGGCACAGGUAAUAAUUUGAGGAUACUUUGCAAAAAUGUCAGCAGGAGACUGAUUGCUCUGACAGCAGCUCAGGUUUUUAGAAAAAAUCAGAUACUGAACCAUCACUAUGUUUUCUUUGUGUUUGUGAAGGCUUUGGACUAUUUUAGUGUUCAUUGUGUGCUCGGUGACCAUGACACUAGCUGAAUGUAUAUUUUCAGUGUGCUAUCAACUAAAGGAUCUGCAAAGCGAUUUUUUUCUUUAACAUUUAGAUGAUUUAAUUACUCUUGUGAUGCAGGUUUGUGUUUGUCAUGUGCUUCAUUGAGAGGAGUUGUUGCUUGGUGUAGGUCUGGAUCUCAUCAGAAACAAAGAAUUGCAUUGAUUUGAGGUAAAAUGUGAAGGCCAAAAAAAAUGAGUUGUGGGAUCUUUUGUUUUUAACAAGCUGAUUCAUCAUGAGUGAGUCAUUGUAGGCGAUACAAAACAGUACCAGCACUUGUGGUUUAUUUUUUUUUUUACAUACUAGAAGCAGAAUCUGUUUGUUAGCAAUCCUUUUUGCUAAAAAAAACAAUGUAUGUAGCUCGCACUUAUCACCUCUAAAAUGUUUUCAUGUUGAAGGACCUGAUUUCGUUUAUACUGUAAAUGUGAUAUCUUUAUAUAUUUCUCUAUGUAUCUAAAAUGUAUUGAAUACAUUAUACAGAUGAAGGCAUUUCGGUGAGUAGCCUUUUAAAGACUCCAUGUAAUGGAAGUUGGAGUUUAUUUGAUAAUGUGUGGCUCUGGAUGGAUUGAAAUGUGGGCAGCGAGUUAUGCAAGUUAAACAGCAGGAGGGCUCAUUCUCGCUGCUAACGGCUGUAAUUAACAGCAGAAACUGAUUACUCUAAAUUUGGGGAGACGGCAAAUAGAAAACAAAUUAAAAGAGAUGGAGUAUGAUUUAAGCCAAAUCUAAUUUUAUUAGUUUAUUGCUGUCUCUUCCCUGGGAUCAUUGUGCCUUUGUGAAAUUGGAAGCAAAUGUCAGAAAGUUUAAUUUCAUUUAAUGAGGUCUUUUGAGGGCAUUCUACUCUGCUUUACAAUGUUUUUGUGUUACAUUGUGUUAAAGAUGACACUCUUUAUAACUGUUACAGGUCAACAUUUUGGGAAAUUCCCUUAUUUCUUGCAGAGAGUUAGAAGAGAAGAUAGAAGCCAUGCUCAUAUACAGUCAUGGAAAAAAUAUUAGACCAUUGUUUUCUUCAAUUUCUUGUUCAUUUUAAUGCCUGGAACAACUAAAGGUACAUUUGUUUGGACAAAAAUAAUGAUAACAACAAAAAUAGCUCAUAAGAGUUUAAUUUAAGAGCUGAUAUCUAGCCAUUUUCCAGUUUUUGAUAAUGAUUUUGGUUAUUAUCAAGAAAACCAUGGUUAAUGGCUAGAUAUCAGGUUUUGUUGUUAUCAUUAUAUUUGUCCAAACAAAUGUAGCUUUAGUUGUACCAGGCAUUAAAUGAACAAUGAUAAAACAAGGGUGGUCUAUUUAUUUUGUCCAUGACUGUAUGUACAUUAAAUAUGAAGCUGCAGCCAGCAGGACACAGUUGCUGCUGGUAGCUUAAAGCUGGAGUUCUCAACUUUUUACUUAUAAACAAACAUCUUUUGCAUUAAAGUCCUUGCCAGAUGAGUUCACACAAUGCUGAUUAAGCCUAUUGUUCUCAGAGAAAGCUCUCUGUAUU